UUUUGGUUCGGGGCAGAGCCGGCGGCUAGCCUGAGGGGAGGAGGCAGAGGAGGGAGGAGGAGGAAGAAUUAGUCGGAACUCGAGCGCCGGCGGCGGUGAAGGAGGAGAAAGGAAAGAGGAAGGCGGAGCGGAGAGAGGCGGAGACGGAGCCGGACGGGGGCGGCACCACGGCACGAUCCCCGCACGGUCCAGUCUGAGGGGAGCGGCCUGAGGAGGAGACGCGCCGCCACCGUCUAAGCCACCGUCACAGCUUCAGCCUCUUCUCGGGCUACGCCUGGGACUUGCUGCCGGGAGGCUUCAGCCCCGCGGCUCCGCGUGCUGCCGUCUCAGGUUUCUCUACAUCUAGAAAGAAAAAAAUUGACACCUUGCAUCCUGGAAGUUCAUUUAAGAGACGGAAAUUAGGGACUUCUUUCAAAUUUGGACAUGGCUAAUCGAGGAGCAACAAGACCCAACGGGCCAAAUACUGGAAAUAAAAUAUGCCAGUUCAAACUAGUACUUCUGGGAGAGUCUGCUGUUGGGAAAUCAAGCCUAGUGCUUCGUUUUGUGAAGGGCCAGUUUCAUGAAUUUCAAGAGAGUACCAUAGGGGCUGCUUUUCUAACCCAAACUGUGUGUCUUGAUGACACAACAGUAAAGUUUGAAAUAUGGGAUACAGCUGGUCAAGAACGAUACCAUAGCCUAGCACCAAUGUACUACAGAGGAGCACAAGCAGCCAUAGUUGUAUAUGAUAUCACAAACGAGGAGUCCUUUGCCAGAGCCAAAAACUGGGUUAAAGAACUUCAGAGGCAAGCCAGUCCUAACAUUGUAAUAGCUUUAUCAGGAAACAAGGCUGACCUUGCAAAUAAAAGAGCUGUCGAUUUCCAGGAAGCACAGUCCUAUGCAGAUGACAACAGUUUAUUAUUCAUGGAGACAUCAGCCAAAACAUCGAUGAAUGUAAAUGAAAUAUUCAUGGCAAUAGCUAAAAAGUUGCCAAAGAAUGAACCACAGAAUCCAGGAGCAAAUUCUGCAAGAGGAAGAGGAGUAGACCUUACUGAACCCACGCAGCCAACCAGGAGUCAGUGUUGUAGUAACUAAACCUCCAGUUUGAACUUGCUGGAAUUUUCUUCUGCUUCCUAAAUGUUAAUGACAGUGGAAUUGGAGCAUUUAACCAGCCCAGUAUGACUUCCAAAAAGAAGAGACUUAUGAUAGAGUCAAGUUUCUAAUACAGAAUUAUUUUAAGUGUUUUGAACUUAAUUUUUAAUAACAUGCAUGUGACCCUCUGACUAAUGUUUCAGAAGUAGAAGAGGGGAAUGAGAGCUGUGUGUGUACGCUUGUUUCCUUGGACGGUUAGGGAAUCAUUUCUUGUCACCAGGGAUAGAGUCAAAGGAUGAUGUAAACCCACAGUUAACCAGCCACUUAUAUGUAAAAGAUUUGGAACUUAUUAAUUUGGGCUUUUCAAAAACAGUCUUUUUUUAGAAGGAGGUUCUAAAAAUAUUUAUGCUUAGCUACAGUAUUCAGGCAACUGGUAAUUUCUUAGUAUGCAUAUUUAAAAUGUACAUUCCACAUUUUAACAAGUUAACCACAAGAAAACAGUCCCACAUCUUCAGGGGGGAAAAUACGAACAUUAGUGGUAUCUGAAGUAUAGCCAGUCCUGAUAUUUUUAGUGGGGUUAAAAAAAAAGUCAAAUGUAACCUCAUCUUGUUUUAAGAGUAUGAAUACUGAUAAAUGCAACUUAAUGGAUAGUGUUCCCUUCAAACAUGUGAGCUCUUCAGCAGAAGUGGAACGAACCAGGUGUCUGUGAUUUCUGUUUAAUCACUGCUGGCCAUUACAUAGGUUUUAUUGUUUGGGGGAAGGGAGGGAGCUUUUGUUCCCUUUGGACAUAAUACAGUUAAUGCACUAACAAUUAUGUACAUUCAAACUUGAUUAUUUUAAAUUCGAUCUUCAGCUGUACUGUAAAUAGGGUACUGCACUGUAGUCUCCAUAUAUGUUUAUUACUUUCCUGUAAUAUUUAAGAAUUACUUAAAAGUAUACAAAAUGUACAGUUACUAAAACAGCUAAUUUUUCCUUUUCUCUCCCUUUGAAAGGAAGGGGCUUCUGUUGUUCCUACAUGGCAUAGAACCAUAAUAAACAAUGUACCAGUAAUUUGUAACAUAAGUAUUGCAGUAUGUUAGUAACAAUCUUGCAGGCUUGUUUUCCAAAGUUCAUUUUAUUUUGAUCAGUUCAGUAUAUUGCACUAAUUGUUCUAGGUAUUUUCAUUAUAUGAAAUCUACCAUGUGUCAGAGACGAUUUAAUCUAUUUAAGUGUUGAACUGCUAGCAGAACUUGUACAUUACAGUAAUUCAGAAUUAGUAAGGAAAACAGUUCACCAGUGUUUAGUUUUAUAUUGAGGUGCUCAGGUUGGAAUAAAGUGGUAUAAAAAAGCAA